AUGAGUGGAGCUGUGAUCCUCUUCUUUGUUCUCCACUUGACCCAAGAUGAAAUUCUACUGCAAGAGUUUUCCAAAGUUCCACAUGAUUCACAGUUAGAUGAAGCAAGAACAACAGACAAAUCAAUUGUAAAAAAAGGCGUGAAAGAAAGUUAUUUCCAAGAAAAAAGCCUGGAAAAUUCUGAAUUUUCAUCAAAUUCAAAUGAAUCAGAGGAACACCUGGCUAAAAUAUUUGAUCAAAUUUUACAGCAAGUUCCGUAUGAGCCACCAUUUGAUGAAACAAGUGCCGAAGUCAAAUCAUUCACAGAGAAAAACCUGAAUGAAAAGGGUCACAGGAAUAUGCCCUGUGAGCAGCUUCUGCACUUCCUACAGAAGAACAUCAUCAUUGCUGCUGUCGCAGUGGUAGGCAUCGUCGCGGCCACAGCGCUGUUGCUGCUGGGGUUGAUCAAAUACAUCAGGAGGAAACGACCCUCAUCUCCCCCGGCACACAUGACGUAUAAUAUUUUUAUAAUGAAUGGAAAGACUUGGUGGAAAGAGUCUGAAGAAACAGAUGUCAGAAAAUUGAUAAAAACCCAGCAGCAUCUAACGUCCAGAUCUCACGUCUAA